CAGAUUUAACCAUCUGUGACACAAUAACCUCAUCUUGGUAUUAACGCUUCUACUACUACCGGGGUAGGAAGCCUAUUUGUGGAUCAAUUAUUGGUUUUUAUAGUUCAUGUUGACGUAUAUUGCAAAUCUACCAUACAAUUUAAAGUAUUCAUGAACAGCAGGGACCUACAAUUGAAAUACAGGUAUCUGCAAACAGCGAGUGAACUGAAGGAAAAUCGGAGAGAUAAGGACUGUUUUUGCCGAUUCCACAGAUAUCGAAGGCCCACCAGCUGCUGACCGUGAGCGAUUUUAUCAGGUGGCAUUUGGAAAGAGGAUGUAACCUGACCAUUCAAUCCAGGAAACAUAAGAAUCGUGAAAUGAGGCACUCAAACAAUAGGAAUUUAGUUCUACCAGAAAAAGUGAAUGGAAGAAUAGUAACAAUGGACUACGUAUAUAGGUUUAUAUCAUACUCCGAAUCAGCAGACAAAUAGAACAAAAAUAUUACAUUUUGAUAUAUGAUUCACACGGCACCAUUUGAUCAUUUAUUUCCUCGGCAUUGGAUUAGAUUACAGAAUGAAACUAAUUAUGAAGGUUCAACAAAGUGGUUCUAUUUACGGGAACUGUUGGAUACAGACAUGAACCUUUAUAAUCUACAAAAAUCUAUUUAGCAUUUGGAGAAAACAGUCCCUAAUCCUAAAAAAAAAUAAUUGAAAAGUCACAGUGGCAGGGAAAAUUACGAGUGUUUAUAUUUACGCAGAAUUUAAAUAUAUUUAAAGUUGUACAACUACAGAAUAUCAAAUAUAACCAUGGUUUUCUGCAUCAAGCGAUAUCGAUGUACGUCCAAGUAUUUAAUAGUUUUAACGUCUUUCUGUGUUUUACUUUUUAUCAUGGAUCGCUAUUUUAGCAAUAACGAGGUACAGGAAGUUUUCAAUUCCAAAUAUGAUCAAGUGGAUCUCUUUCACACGGGUUCUCCCUCCGCAGAUGACGGACCAAAACCAAGAAAGAGGAGCAGUCUGAACAAUCAAGUGUCAAUUGAUGUAAAGUUUCAUCAAACUGAUAUCAGUAACAACGCACAAAAAAUCACUGACAAAAUAAUUCCAAUUUCUGCAAAUGCCACCAAUCCGAUAACAAGUUACAAAACAAGCGAGCAAACCUCUCCGCCAAAAAUACGCGAGCAAACCUCUCCGCCAAAAAUACUUCCUUUCAGUAAGUUUCGUUAUCCUCUAGACAUCGACUUCCGCAAAUUGGUGGAUGGCGUUCUCAAAACUGGUACGACAGAUAUUAAACCCAUCAACGUUUAUCCGUAUUCGUUUUCGGAACCAAUGGACAAUCUUUGUGAUUCAACAUCAGACAUAAUCCUGUUGUUUAUGAUCAAGUCAGCACCAGGGAAUUUUGAUCAGAGGCAAGUUAUCCGGGAAACAUGGACUAAUAAUACGUAUUUUCAAAAAGAUGUCAUCCGACAUGCUUUUUUGCUUGCAAGAACCAUGAAUGAAACAGUAAAUAAUCGUCUUUUACUGGAGAAACGGCUGCAUCACGAUAUCGUUGAGAUGUCUUACGUUGAUGAUUAUUACAACAACACAUAUAAAACAAUAGGAGGCAUCAACUGGUGUGUUAAGUAUUGUCCUACUGCUAAAUUUGUAAUGUUGGUUGAUGACGACAUGUACGUUGCCACUGAUUUCCUAUUAGAUUACCUGCAUGGAUUACCACAAAAUAUGUCUGAUUCUCUCUUUGUGGGUCGUGUUUGGAACGAUGUUCCACAGAGGGGUCCAACUCAGAAAUGGUUUAUGCCUAUCGAAGAUUACCCUUACAAGAUGUACCCGCCAUUCCUUAGUGCCGGGGCUAUUAUUAUGUCAAUGGAUUUCGUUAAACGACUCCAAAUUGCUAUCCAGUAUACAAAAAAGUUUAAGUUUGAUGAUGUCUUUUUAGCUAUUGUUGCUUACAAACUUGGCGUCAAACCAAUACACCAUCAAGAUAUCCAUAUACAUCCUGUUUCUUAUAGAGACAAAAAAUUCAUCACGACUUUAGCCUCCCAUGGGUACGGACAUCCAGAUGAAUUGAAAAUUGCGUGGUAUUUCCAUUAUAAACGGUUAAAAUUUAGUAAUGCCAAAAUGGCUAGAUUACAAUAACCGGUUAGUUGGGAAAUGAUAAGUCUAGCAAUAGACAACUUUUUUCACAGACGUAUUCAUUUUGAAUUUCCCGAUAUUUAACCUUGGAGCAUAAUUUCAUUGGCCAAGACUGUACUACGUGUUCUCUGACCCCUGUUUCAGCGUGUGAACCCCGCAAGGGCCAGACCAAAUUUCUAGCUGACCGCCAUCUUUAACACUUUUAGGUACUCAAUGAAAUCAAAUAAUCUUAUUUGUUUAUAUAUAAGAAAAACCUGGUUGAAAAUACCUGACAGAUUGAGUACGAAUCAUAGCGUUUCACUUUUAUGAUGUCUUAUGGCGCUUCAUUUAUAGGCCGCACCUUUACUCUUCAAAAGUGCAAUCUUAAAAUGUGUUCAAUUUUCUAAAAAAUAAGUAAGAAUAAAAAGUCGGCCAUCGAAGAGAUGAUCCAUAUUCCGCCAAUACCUUGUUGUGUCAUUUUCUCUGAGUAAACAGCGCUUGCUGUCUGAUAUGGAGGUGUCAGUUUUUAACAAGAGAAGUGGAGGGGAAAAAAUCUUCUUACGUAUUAACCAGUUAUUAAUUAGCCAAACAAUAGGCUGGUAGGCCCCUAGCUGGUAAACAAUUAUAACAAACAAACAACAAGAAAACAUAUACAUGAUAAUUGUAAUAUUCCUACGUAUUUACAUGCUUAAAUCACACUCAUUAAUGAUAUCAAAGCCCUACAUUAUGACGUAUAUCAAACGUUCAGACUUGGUUUAAGUUAAUACAUUUUACGAAUUACAGAGUUAAGCGAAAAACAUUACGCUGACCCAGUGCUAACAUUCUUGUUCAGGAAAACAACAUUGAAAGGAGUUUGUUUCCGGCUAUUGCUAAUAUUCUUUUCAAAUGAAUAAUAAACAAAUCUUAGUAUUUCGAUA